UUUAGGCGGGAGCAGCCCGGCAACCCUCCGAAGUGCAAGGCGAGGGACCAGCGCUGAGUCAGAAUGGGCGAGUGGAAAGCCUACAUCAGUGCGGUGCUGCAGGACCAGCGCAUCGACGACGUAGCCAUCGUGGGCCACUCGGACAAUCGCUGUGUGUGGGCAUCGCGGCCCGGGGGACUGCUGGCCGCCAUCUCGCCGCAGGAGGUGGGUGUGCUCACGGGGCAGGACCGGUGCACCUUCCUGCAGGCCGGCCUGAGCGUGGCGGGCCGCCGCUGCUGCGUCAUCAGAGACCACCUGCUGGCGGAGGGCGACGGCGUGCUGGACGCGCGCACCAAGGGGCUGGAUGGGCGCGCGGUCUGCGUGGGCCACACGCCGCGCGCUCUUCUCGUGCUCAUGGGCCGGCGGGGCGUGCACGGGGGCAUCCUCAACAAGAAGGUGCACGAGUUGAUCCACUGGCUGCGCACUCAGGGCACCUAG